AUGGAAAAUCCUUGCCAGGCUGGUGCUGGUGUCCUGCUGAACUUGACACUGGAAGUCUUCGAGAAGUUGGAGAAGGAUGAGAACCACUUGAUGCGCAAACUGGAAGUGGGGCUGGAAUGCCACAAGUGUCUCACAAUCAUUGGUCAGCUGGCGGCCAAAAGGUCGGAGAGCAACGCAGGCUUUGCAUCUAACAUGUUCUACCUCCUGGCUGCGGUGACGCUGAACGAGGAAGUAGCCCUGCUCCUCUACAGGGAGAAGGCUUGA